CGGAGGCGAAGCGAUUCCCCAACAAGAGGAAAGGCGAGGAAUGACGUCAUGCGGAGGGAUCCCUCUGAUAUCUGCUUCCGGUGAAAAAAUCGUAUAAAAUGAAUCGUUGUUGUGAGAUUGUCACAAGCUACCCGUUGCUCCUGAUAACCAGAGUUAAAGAAGACUUCGCUGUUUAAAAGUUGUUAAAAAAUAAGAAAGAAAAAACUAAAAAUGUCGGGUCAAAGGAAGUUCUUCGUGAUCGGGAACUGGAAGAUGAACGUAGACAAAGCCCGGAUCGACCACAUUGUCAAGUUCAUGUCGGCGGCCUCGUUGGACCCGAACACAGAGGCCGUGGUUGGCUGCCCUUCCUGCUACCUGUCGUACGCCCGCCAGAGACUCCCUGACGAGAUCGCUGUUGCCGCACAGAACUGUUACAAGGUCGCUCGUGGUAACUUCAGCGGCGAGAUUUCUCCCGCCAUGAUCCUGGACUCCGGCUGCGAGUGGGUCAUCCUGGGUCACCCUGAGCGAAGGACCAUCUUCAAGGAGUCCGACCAACUCAUCGCCGAGAAGGUCGCACACGCGCAGCAGGCUGGCAUCAAGAUAAUCGCGUGUUUGUGCGAGACGUCGGAGGAUCGCGAGAAGGGUCGCACGGAGGAUGUCCUGUUGGGCCAGAUGAAGUCCCUCGCCGCCAGCAUCAGCGACUGGUCUGGUGUGGUGAUCGCCUUCGAGGCUCUGUGGGCCAGUAAUACCGGCGUCCUGGCCACAGCUGCACAGGUGCAGGAGGCCUUGGCCAACAUUCGAGAGUGGCUGCGUGCCAACGUGAGCGAGAAGGUGGCCAACAGCACCAGAAUCAUCUACGCAGGUUCCGUUUCGUCGAGCAACUGUCGAGAGUUGGCUCAGCUGGAGGACCUGGACGGCUUCCUGGUGGGGAGCGCGGCCCUCAGACCCGACAUCAUCGACAUCAUCAACGCUCGACGACCCGACGUGUCCAGCCUCAUCGCGCACUUCGACCGACCCAGCGGCCGACGCGCCUGACGCGGACGCCAAUCACUCUUAAUUUACGUAAUUUUAUGGAUCUAUUUAUUGUCAUAAAUAUAACAUAUGUUUCUGUUUUCAUCGACUAA